AACCGGCCACACAUUAGAGGCCGGUCAGGGCGGCCAAUAGGUGGAGGGAGGCGGUGAAGAAGAGGCCGCCGAGGAGGCCCUCCUGAGGAAGAGAUGGAGGAAGAGAUGGAGGACCUGGCUGUAGACCAGUCUGCCCAGUCCUUCGAUGUCGGCAGAGGGCUGGCCCUGAUGGCCCGGUCGGACGAGGAGCUUUUCCAAGCUUUCUGCGCCGACCUGAAUGAGGUCGGACGGAUCAGCAAGGAGUGGUUCACCCGGCUCGUAAAAUCCAAAUCUGAGGAGAAGGCCCGACUAGAGGGCAUGAUGGUGGCAUGUCGGAAAAAGGCCAAAGCAUGCGGCCUUCUGAUCUCUUUACACCAAGCACGACAGGCUGCUGAAGGCGUCAAAAGAGGCCGAUGCCCAGGCCCAAGAGAAGAUCCAAGAACUCGAAGGGGCGAAGGCCAAACUGAAGGAGAAGGCCGCCCAAUCCGCCGAGGAGAUUGCCCAGCUAAAGGCUGAACUGGAAAAGGAGCGUGCCGACCGGGCCUCAUUUGCUUCUGCCUGGGCAGCCCAAGAGCCGGAGCAAUUUGCCGCCCGUGUGAUUCCUAAUCGGGAGACCGGCAUCCGGUUCUUCCAGGGCCUCUACAAGCACGAAGUAUCCGCCAAGGUCAUCGAUGAGAUCAGGACCUUUGGUUACUCACAAUUAACUAUGUUAUGCUUA